GGUGUUCAAAAGAUGAGGAGCAAGCGGAAAUCCGUUGUCUUAACGAUUCGAUUAUGGUGGAAAGACAUGGAGCCCAGUCUGCUCAGGAGAAUCAGGCACGAAAGGUACUUCACGCCAGUGAACAAAGAUUUACACCAAUUGAUGUUGGACUUUUCAAAUUCAAUUCCGGACGGGGAGACAUCGUUGAGAACUGCUGUUGGGGCAGCAUCCGAUCUCCAGUGAGCCAAAGGUCACGCUCAUUGCUUGUGCCUGAGCGGAUGUACGACAAAUCGAUGUGCUUCUCGAAAGAAGAGUCUACUUUGCAACUCGAGAUGCCACCAUGCAAGAAGUUGUAC